AGCUCGUCGAAGGCAAGCGGCAUCUGAAGCUCAAGGCGCACGAAAAGGCGGUGGAUGCAUUCUCAGACGCCCUGGGCAUGCAAGUUCAGGCAGCUGGUGAGCAACAUCCCUCGACGGCUCCCUUCUACGUGGCCUACGGCAAGGCACUGCUCGACUGCGCUCGGGCAAAGGGCAACGUGCUCUCGGGCAUGUCUGGCGCUGGUGCCGGCGCCGGAGGUGACGAUGGUGACGAUGCUGAUGAUCUGACUAUUGCCUGGGAGGUGCUUGAACUGGCUCGGGUCAUCUACAGCUCUGCGGCGGCAGCUGGAGAUGCCGAAGCCGCUCAGCGUCAGGCUGAGGUCCAUUGCACCAUCGGCGAGGUCUGUCUCGAGUCAGACAACAUGGACGGUGCCAUCAAGGAGUACACUGCUGCCGCUGAGAUCUACAGCAAGACGCUGCCGCAGACCGAUGGCGCCGUUGCCGAGGUCUACUAUCUGCUUGGCACCUCGCAGCAGCUCGGCGGCCACCACACAGAUGCCGAGGCCUCGUUCACCAAGGCCGCCGACGCCGUCGCCGCCGCCAUCUCUGACUAUGAGACUCGUGCAAAGACGGCCUCGCCUGAAGACGCGGCCAAGCUCUCGUCCAAGAUCGCCGACCGUCGCGGCAUCCUUGCCGAAAUCUCCGACAAGAUCGCUGAAACCAAGGCGCUUGCCAGCGAGAUGGAGCUGCUGGCCAAGGCCAAGGCUGAGGCCAAGGCCAAGGCCGCCACCACAUCGGCCGCUGUCGCCUCGGGCCGGGCUGGCUUUAAGAACGCCACCAUCGACUUUGCCCCGCCGCCCUCGCGUCGCCUCUCGUCUACGGCCUCGUCGGCCUCGUCGGCCUCGACCAACGCCUUUGGUAAGCCAUCGGCAGCCUCGACCGCGCCGGUCAACGACCUCUCAUCGCUUGUCAAGCGCAAGCCAGCUGCCAAGCCGGCGGCAGGCGCCCCCGUCAAUGACCUCUCCUCGCUCGUCAAGCGCAAGGCCAAGCCUUCGGCCCCGCAAGCCGCAUCCCCCCCCGUCGGCUCCAAGCGUCCCGCCAAUGCUGCUCCCGAAGACCAGCCCAAAGCCAAGAAGUGA